AUGUCUUUUUCUUUGAUGAUGAAGGGAGAAAUACAAUUCGUAAAUAUUUCUCCUGAGAGAAUAUAUAAAUCUUUUUGCGAUAAUACAUCGGAUAAUAAAUUGUUUAAGGACCCCCCAUAUCCCUUAGCAUUAGAAAUUAAUGAAUUGAUAUUGCCUCCAGAAAAUUCACGUAAAGCUAUCAGGUUCAAAAAAAAUCCGUACUCAAAACCUCCACGGCCACAAAAUGCUUGGAUAAUAUUUCGUAGAAAUUAUACUGCAUUGUCAAAAUCAAAAGGAGUAAAAAUGUCCAACGCUGACAUUUCGCGUUCAGCAGCAGAAGAAUGGAGGAAACAACCUAAAGAGGUUGUUCAAUUUUUUGAAAUACUCGAAAUCCUUGCUAAGGAAAUGCAUAAUGAAAUCUAUCCGGGAUUCAAAUUUCGCCCGGAAAGAAACAAAGAAUCGAAGUCGAAAAAAGCAACUCGUGAUAAACCCGAAAUUAUCGAAUUCAAAAUUUCCAAAAGCCACAAUGAAGUGGCAUCUGAAGAAGUUUCUUCAAAUAUUAAUUGCGCUGAUAAUAUUUUGAAUAAUAAUAAUUUCCUAUUUAGCGAUAGUCCUAAUUUCCUAUUUAACGAAUUCAAUUUUUUUACCGAAUUUUCCAAUUUUGAUCUUGGAACGUCGUUUUUCCAAGAAAUUUAUAAUCAACAAACUUUUGACCAACAAAUUUCUGGUCAAGAAGACAUUAACUUCUCUGAUUACUUAGUCGAUCUCGAUUCCCCUACGACUUAA